UCGCGCGCGUGUCAGAGAGCUGAAAGAAAUCCACGAUGCUUUGUGAGGUCACACCUGACACCCCCAUGCCAAAAUCCGCGUGGUAACCAUCAGGCCGUCUUCCACGAUCGCGUGUCCAUCUGAAGUCGCCACGCUCUCCCCCGAACGUGACACGUGGCAAUCGAGCAUGCCAACCCGCUCCACGUGGCAGGACGUGAUGAUCACACCUGACAACGGCGUAAAUCGAUCAAACCGCUCGAGACCGGAGAAGAAUAUGGGAGAGGAAAGAAUGCGUGCGCGAAGAAUAAUGGCGUCAUCAUCAUCACCGGCUCCUCCCUCCAAGAGAGCCUCAAACAUGGCGCCGCCGCCGCCGUCGCCCCCAUGGGAAGUGGUCCUCCUCUUGGCCCAAACUUUGGACCCCAAGACCCUCGCCAAGGCCUGCUGUGUCUCCAAGUCCUGGUACUCCGCCAUGUCUUCGGACCGUCUCUGGAGACCGAUCUGCCUCUCCCAUUACCCUUCGUCGCUUCAUUUGGUCGCCACCGAUCCUGCGCUCUCGGCUCGCCGCCUCUUCGCGCUCCUCCGCGCCUCGUCCCAGCGGCGCCACCGCAACCCAUCCAUCCCCCGCAUCUCCCUCCGCCAUCUCAUCUUCGCCGUCGACAUCUUCCAACGCGACGCACCCGUUCUUUCGCUUGCGAAGCCCGGCGAGGAGCUUUGCGGCCAUCAUGGUGGAGUUUUCCGAUUCGAAGCUGCGGUUAACGAUGGAGAUGCUAGCUUGGAGGUGGGGGAGGUGGUGAAGAUUGGUUGGACGGUAGUCAUGAAGGGGUGGAGGGGGGCUUUUGCAAUGAUGGACAGAGUCGGGAAGGGCCGGGCGGUGGGAGGGGACGGGCUGUGGUUCUCGGAGGGGCUGCCGAGCCCGGGGUGUUGCUCGGCGAGCAUGGGUGGUGGGCUGGAGGCUGAAUUGGGGCUAGAGUUCUCCGACGAUGGGGAUGGAGAUGAGGAAGCUGGGAGGAGGAGAGUGGCGAGGAUGAGUAUGGGGUUGAUGAGCAUUGCUGAUUGGAGGUACGUAGGAGUGGAUGAUGGCUUGCUUUAUUUGCAGCAUUUUCUCCUGCCCAACAACAUCUAGGCGGGCUUUUCCUCUUCUCCCAGAAGCAUGCGCUUUGUUUGAGGUAAUUCCCCUGUUUUCACCCAGUUAGGAGCUACCUUGGAUUUUCUUGCGUUCGCUGUGGAUCCAAGUGUUGGAGGUUCCACGUUAUGCGCUGAUAGGGAAAAGAAGUACAUAAUUAGAUUCUUGUUCAAUGGAUUACCGGAUUUGUCAUUAAUGUUAGAUUUAGUUGGUCAUUAAUUUUAAUAAUUUUAGUGUUCUAUUUCUAGAUUUAUUCUAAUUUUUAGUUAUUUUUUUAAAAUAGUUAUUCUGAUCAAGUGUUUUAGUGGGUGUUUUUGAAUUUGAGUAAAAAUCAAACUGGGAGUGAGAGAGAGAGAGAGAGAGAGAGCCGCACAAACGAUCUCUUGCUCCAAAUUAAUAAUAUAGGAAUUUUAUUUAAAAGUCUAAUAUUGAUAAAAAAAAUGACAAUUAAGGAGCUGCAGAUGCAUCACACAUUUAUAUGUUUUUAGUCAUUAGAUUAUAAAUUCCGUGAUUUAUUUAGUUAUAAUAAUAAGUUAAUAACAUAUCUCAUAUAAGUCAUUCACCAGAUGAGCAUAUAUUAGAGGGUAAACCACGUGUAUAAGACAUACAUUUUACCAACACAUUCCGUAUACCAAAAAUUUUGAUGGCAAGGUUGCGAGAUUGUGGGUAUUCUUUCCUGAGGAAAGCCAGGGAGCCACGCCUGACUCGCCACGCCUACUAUCCCCGGACCAACUUAAAAGAAAUAAUAUACUUUCAAAAAUAUCCUUCUCAUUCUAAGCCGAGCACCAACUGGAUGAUGCUUUUGAUCCAUUGGAUGCACCACUUGGAAUGGUUCCCACUUCGAAAUUUUCUUCAGCCUUUUCGAACUGGUCGGGUCGGGUUGGCCAAAUAGAUUACCUCUUUAUUAAACAUGUUAAACAGAUUGGAUCGGAUUACCUGUUUAAUCGGAUUCAGAUUUAUGAUUUUCGAACCUGUUUAAUAAACAGAUCAGAUUCAGGUUUAUGAUUUUCUGACCUGAUUGCAUCUGAUCCGACCCGUUUAUGUCCGACCCGAUUGCCAACCCUACUCUUGUAUAAGAAUUCAACCUUAAGGAAUCACAGAAAUAUAAUAAUCAAUUCAAAAACUUUCAGUCCUUGCUUUCAACAUAUACAGACUAGUUUGCUGCGGGCACCCAAAAUCAAGACACCCCACCAGAAUAAUGCCGCCAUUGCUGACGAAUAGAACGUAGUCCCAUUGUAUUCUGAAAUGACUCGAGCAAUAAAACCCCAAAUCAACCAUCCUAGCCAUCAGCCUCGACAUCCUCACAGAACCAGGGCCGGCCCAACCCUUAGGCAACUGAGGCGGUCGCCUAAGGCCCCGGCCCAAAGAAGGCCCACCGCAGGAAAUGCCUCAAAGAUAAAAUGGAAAAAAAAGGCCCCCUGUGAAUUCGCCUUAAGCCGGCCCACUGUAGGAAAGGCCUAAAACACAAAACGGCCUUAGGCCCCCAAAUACAUUGGGCCGCUCCUGCACAGAACUUAGCCAAACAAUAUUGCGCUUGGAUGCAUGUCUUAAACCCUGUUCUUUCUUUUUCUGAUACAAGUCAAACUGAAAAAUUGGCAACUUCCUGCUUGGGUUUCCUCCAGUUCACAAAGUCAACAGGGCUAAAGACGAAAUGUUGAGCAUGCAACUUGUUUGCAAAGAUACAUGCAGCCUCAAAGAAAACACACACAUUAAGAGGCAGUUAAAAUGAUGAAAUCUCUCUUCCAAAACUGGGGUGCCAAUAUGUAAAUCAUUGAAGGAAAAGUCAUGGAGAAAAUUUUAAGCUGAUCAUGAGACUCAGAGAGAGAGAGAGAGAGGGAGGGGAACUGUCUUGAACAAGAGCAGAAUCAACUUCGACAUACCCAGUUGCAAUAAUUGCAACAAUUGGACAUGCUGAAGCAUCAUCUGUUUCAAAAAUCUGAAUUACAAGUUCUCCGGUGAAGUUGUUGACCACCACCACAAGGCAGGGAAAUAUUUAACCUGGAUCCUGAUGAUGACAAUGGUGUUGACCUAUCGAUUUCAAAUCUGACCUACCUAAUCACAAACAAUUACAUUUAAACAUGAUACAUCCGUGAGGUGUUCAUGGGGUAUCCAGAAGUUUACACCUACCCUGGUAUCCUAGCAUCAAGUUGAUAGCUUGCUUUAAGCUGAACACCUAGAAUUUAAUGAAUGUGAAUAUCCCUACAUCUUUAUCCACUGAAGAUCUGACCCCCCUCCUGUACCUAAUAGCUCACCAACAUGAGAGAGAAUAUAAAAAGCCCUAUGUUUCUUACCUUUCCCACAAACCAAACAGGAGUAGCUCUUCCUGUUGCAAAUUAAUUCUUUAUUCGCUGAAUCCUAGUGAAUCUUGACAUAAUUUGAGAGGGUAACCUCUGCUAAUUACAAGCAGAUUCUACCUGACCAAGAAGCCAGACCGCUAAGUGAGUGCAAAUGACAACCUAAAGUAAGCCAUGCCAACCUAGAUCCUUGUAAAACAUCUCAAGUUGCCAGAGUAUCAUUAUCACAACAAUCACAGUGAUGCUGGUCUCCAAUAGUUGAUAUAAUUCUCAAACCAGCAGAAUGAAUUUUACCGGGUCUAUCACAAAUCCAUUUUACCUGAUAGCUCGUGGUUUUGAACAACUGGAAUCAAAAGCAAGCAGCAGUUGCAGGUAACUAUAUUUUUAUUGGAAAUAAUGAAUGCAAUCUCUUGUUCCUCUAAGUUGCUAACCUGAAUUACAAAGCACAGAAGAAAAAGAAGAAAAAA